AUGUACAGCCUGUACAGAGCCUGGUUUGGCGACAGCGUAGUUGGGGACAGUUACUCCCGGCUUCAAGAGACGCUGUCGCCUCCUGACACUGUUGUCCGAGUGGGGAACGAAGGGGAACACCAGUUCGUCGCUCACAAGGGAGUCCUCGCGGCUCACAGCGGCUAUCUGAAGGCUCUGCUGAGCAACGCCGCUGCGGCGCCCAACACGAGCGUCAGUGCUAACGUUGCCUCUUGCAGCAACUUGCCCGCGACCGCUAUCGCGGUCACCGCGACCAGCCUUUCGGGACAGUCUCCGCGACCGGUCACCUCGGUCUCGGUCUCGUCCAUCGGCGGAGAAGCGUUCGCGCCCUUGUUGAACUACAUGUAUACGGGACGGCUGGAGGUGACGCUGGACAACGUUUACAGCGUGCUGCUGGCCACGCAUUUGUUGCACAUGCCCGGAGCUCUUGAGCAGUGCCGGGCGGCUCUGCUUCGGCUGAGAGCUCCGCCGCCCCUGCCUACGCCGAUACCGGUCCCGGUGCCGGUCCCAGUGCCAGUGGCCCCGACCUCGACCCUUACGUCUACGUCAAUCUCAAUGUCCACUUCGACGGCUGCCGGCAGCAUCCUCAGACCGAUACCCAACAGGCUGAUAAUAGAGCCGAGCAUGUGCUGGCCGACCGCGCCGCUUUACCCGCCGCCGGCCGCGCCGCCGGCCCCCGCGUCCAUCGGCCUGCCCCAUCUACCGCGACUACAACCCUCGGUGAUGAUGCAGUCACCGGUUCCGCUCAACGUUUCCAUUGUCCCGACUUCCGCCGGCCAGGAAACGUCCACGCGAUAUAGCGAUAUCCCCUCGCCGAAGCAAACACCGUUCCAGAUCGACAGAAGUAGAGGGUCAUCAAGGGAAAGGAGACAGAAGUCUCCGGAAAUCUUGACGAGAUCAUUCGCCGUUAACGCAGCCACAGCAGCGUUCACCGCGUUCGCGUGUUCCAGCUCAACGAGACCGACGUCGCCGUCCCGAUCAAUCUCACCGGCGCCGUCCUCGGAGUCUCAAUCCUCUAUACCAUCGAACCGAAGCAAGAAGUCCUCGGAAUCAUCGGAUCAAAGGCAGUCAAAGGAAGACCGAGGUGAGGAUCAAUCGAACUCAAAGAAGAAUCAACAACAGAAACGCAGCUCGCCGCUAAUAUCCGUGGACGAAGCCAAUUUAACCCGCAAUCGCGAGAGACCCAACGAAACGACCUCUACGGAGACCGAUCGGGGGAAAUCGUCUAAGAAAAAACGUCCAGGAUCGAACACAGGGACCGAAUCUUCGAGCGGGGUUCUAUCAGUCGUGUACGACGUCGCGUGCUGCGACGGGCCGAUCAAGUUCCACCGGGUGCUCAAUGAGAACUAUUCGAGCUCGGCACCCUGUGGGUCGAGCCCUAUUACCCAGGCACGGCUGCAGAGGUGUUUCGAGGCUGAAAACGUGGCAGGAGAAAACGACGAAAAUGGAGGACCGGCUGGGAACACUUGCGACUCGAUCGCAAUCGACACUGAGCCUGGCAACACUGGCGGUAGCUAUACCUGCGGAUAUUGCAGGCACACCUUCAAGUCUCAGUACUGCUACCGCAAGCACACCAAGAGACACUUGCUGCCUACCAGGCUGAACGAAUCAGCUGCCGGCAACAGGCAGAGACAAGAGGUCCCCAGGAAUCGCAGGGAAGUCAGGUUGCUAGAUUUGAACGUUCAGUACUACCCGUGCAAGAUCUGCGGAUGCAAGUUCCCUAGCUACUACUUCGUCCACAAACACCGGAAGCUGUGCCACGCAAACGUGGAAGACAGACCACAGACUGAGGACAUGGGGAGAGCUGCGGCGGAUCAGGAAUCGAACAACGCGUCUGCGACCGUUGAUGAAAAACAGUGAAAGUCGAUUAGGGAAGGGAUUCCAACUAUGGAAGAUCGAGACCUCGACUGGUUAACAUUUAUCUCUACCAAGUGUUUCGAGCGCCACGUUGCAUCGUUGAAGUUAGGUCACGAUGACUUGCAUAAUAUAAUGAGAACAUUGUAAAACCGAAUUAAUUAAAGUAUAGUCAUAAAAA